AUGCUAUUUCCGUGUGUAAAGAUCUGGUGCGUUCACGACCCACCACCGGAAGAUGUUUUCUUCAGUUUCCGCGAAUCCUAGCAACAUGGCGGCGCCCGUAACAAGAACGCUAGCGUCGUUCCAACGAACGUCAUGGAGCGCUUUGAAGGCUCAAGAAACAUCAGUGUGUGCACUGUGGCACCCCAUCCCGGUUUUUGUACCUGUGCGGACCAAGAAGCGUUACUUCAUCCCCCCAGCCGCAGGCGUAAAGGGCAAGCACGACGUUAACCCGGAGGCCAAGGCCCGUGCAGCUGGUGUCGUGUUCCGGCAGCAGUACAUGGAAAGGGCAAUCAACAUCGCCUGCUCAGCGGGAAUCUUUGACCCUUAUGUCCCUCCUGAAGGCGAUGCCCGUCUUUCGUCUUUGUCCAAAGAAGGCUUGAAGCAGCGCACAAUGCAGCUUCAGCAGAGCGCCGCAUCGCAACUGGCUAUUCGUAAAAUUAAGGAGUUUGACUCGGAGUUCUCCUCCAAAGAUUUUGCUACACGAGCCCAGGAAAUUUUCAUCGAGGCUCACAACACUCUGUGCAUAUUCAAUAAAGAGAAGCUUCACUCACUGGUGACAGAGCGAUGUUACCCGGAGAUGACGCGAGGCAACCGCUACAAGAGCUUGCGCUGGCGCUUUGUGGAGUCGCUGGAAGCGCCCCGUGUCGUCCACGCCCGCAGCACUGACAUGGUUUCUAAGGGCAACCUGUAUGGCCAGGUGACGGUCCGCAUGCACUCCAGACAGACUCUGGCUAUUUACGACCGUUUCGGACGGUUGAUGCUAGGCAGCGAAGAUCAUCCCAAGGACGUAUUGGAGUAUUUAGUCAUGGAGCGGCACCUGGUAAACCCCUACGGAUGCUGGCGACUUCAUGGGAAGAUAGUGCCAGCUUGGGCCCCCGCCAAGGACCCCAUCAUUAAGACUGUCAUGAUACCCGGCCCAAAGCUGAAGCCAGAGGAGGAAUUCGAUGCUCUUAACUACCAAGUUCCCAAAGUGGAGGCAGUGCAGUGGUCCAAAUAAACCUCCAGGUGGUGCUGCAAUACACCCCAGUCACAGUAAAACGUUUUUAUAUUCAAACUUAUUAAGGAGCACUUUUUGUUUGCUAAUGUUGUUUUUUAAUUUCAAGUCCAGACUGUGUUGGCUUUCUUGUUUGUGUCUGUAUUUUAGUCAUUCAAAUGUCCUGUUUGUGUGUGUAAAGAAAAAUCUAAUAAAAUCACUGUUGAGAAAUGCAAUAGGGUUUUUUCUU